AUGUCGGCAUCACCCCAAGAAUCUGAGGUGAUACGAAUUUCUGGUGGACUAUUCGUAUACGGGAUCGUAGAUGAUGGAGAGAUGCAAUAUAUUGUCUUGCUGUUUGCCACGCUCGUCUGUUGCUUAGCAGUACGUCAACAAGCAGUUGGUGUCACUGGUCGACUCAUGUGUGGAGAUAAACCCGCCUCGGGUGUUAAAGUCAAAUUAUGGGAGGAGGAUGCUGGCCCAGAUCCCGAUGACCUUCUCGAUCAAGGAUUUACCGAUGCUAAGGGGAAUUUCAACCUCAAGGGUUCGGAUCGCGAAGCAACUAACAUUGAUCCUGUAUUCAAAGUAUACCAUGAUUGUGAUGAUGGCGUAAAGCCUGGUCAACGAAAACUGAAAUUCCGCAUCCCUUCCUCCUACAUAUCAGCUGGAGCAUCACCAAAACGUAUGUUUAACAUCGGUGUGCUCAACCUGGAAACCAUUUUCCCUGAUGAAGAACGUGAUUUGAUCUGA